CCAUGGGAGGGAGGCAGCGGGCAGGCUUGGCCCAGAGAGCCCCCACCCAGGCCCAGAGGCAGCGGGGCAGGGGAGGGUCCCGCGUAGGCCCAGGCCUCCCCUCCUCCCUGCCCCCCUCCCCACCUCCCACCUGCAGUCUUUGCCUUCCUCAGCUCUUCUUCCCAGACAGGCUGGGCGGCUGCUGAACCCGCCAGCUCGGGCACCCUCUCCUCAGGGCGGCCGCUGCCUCCCCAGCUCCCACCGAGGGCCAUGGCCUGGGAGGCCACGCACCUGCUGCCCCUUGUCCUGCUGGUGCUCCUGGCCUCAGGCUCCUGGGAGCAGCAGCCACAGACGCUGCGGAAACGGGAAGGGGAGGAAGUCUCCGUAAGGUGCGAGUAUCCUCCCCAGACAGGCUCGAAGACAAAAACCUGGUGCAGAGAAACACCAGAAGGAACUUGUAUCUUAUUAGUCACCAGUCCCAGGCCCCAGGGCCAGCCUGGAAACCCGCGAUACGUCAUCACGGAUAACCCCCGAUGGGGGUACUUCACCGUCACCAUGACUGCGCUCAGAGAGGACUCGGGUCUGUAUUGGUGUGGAACCUUGGAAUCUUCCGGGAUCGCUAUUCUCAGGACCAUCCGCCUGGUGGUAUCUCCGGCUGCAACCCUGACCACCACCAGGACCACCAGCACCACCAGCCCCACCAGGUCCACAACCGGGACCUUUGCCACCAGCUCUGUCAUUGACAGCUCCCCAGACCACUGGACGGUCAUCCUCAGCGCGAUGGUGGUUCUCCCGCUGCUUCUGGCACUCGCCCUCCUGGUGAUCCUGUACUUCGUCAUCAAAGCCCGGCAGCGGCGACGACGAGCCGGGGCAGGUGAGGGCAAAGCCCAUCACAUCCAUGACAUUUCCACCCAUGAGGAUGAAACGGUGCAUCGGACGGAUCCCCCCGCACGUCAGAGGAACUCCCAGCUUUCCUGGGGCUCCGAUCAGCAGAUAGGCUCUGGCAAGGACACUGGGGACAUCCACUAUGCCUCAUUUACCCACCUGGAGCCCUUCGGCCUCGAGAACCCCAUCUACAUCAACACCCGCCCCGGCCCGAAGCCCACACCUGACCCAUUUCUGGAUGUGGAAUAUGCCAGCAUCACUAAAAACUGAGCCCAGCGCCCCAGCUGGCUGCCCAGGAGGAGCCCAGGAUCUGAAGACAGAAGUCACUCGGCAGUGAGCAGCUGUGUGAGGCACAGGGCUGCUCUCCCAGGGACGGGUGACUUCUUGUGGCCGAGAUGAUCCCAAACUGGCAAGGGCCAUCCCUUCCUGCAGCGGAGAUGAGGAAGGGGGAGCAGGGGAAGAAAAGCCUUAUCACCCAGAGGAGAGAAGCUUUGAGUCUGAGGGCUGCGGGGCAGACUGUGGGGGCCAAGGGGUUUCUGGAUACCGGCCCACUCCCCUCUGACUGGAGAAGGUCUGGGACCCAGUGCUUCUGAGUAACCCAGUCUUCGCCUCCCUCUCUGGUCUCACUUCCUCCCUGAGCAGGCUGUGAAAUCCUGACGGUUAGGAAAGUUCCUCUGCGGGUGACUGUCCCCGUGAGCGCCCCCCCCCCCCCUUAACUGUCCUCACAGGGCCUCCAGGCCAGGCUGCAAAGUUCUAUCUGCCACCCCAGCUCCUCUCCUCCUUCUUGGCCUCCUGAUUCUAAUCCAUCCUCACGCACGACCCCCAGGACGCUGGCAGUGCCCACUGCUCAGGGGUCCCCCUCAGCCGUGGCCUUGCCAGGCAGGGCGUGGUACCGGAGUGUCCCUUCCUAUUGCGGCCCACACAGCUUCAUCGUAACUGCCCGGGGCACCUCUGCCUUCCCCGGAAACCGCAACCUCUCUGCCCACUAUGUCUCAGGCAGACAGAGCGGUGAGCCAGGCGCCUGCUUCCCUGAAGUCCAUGCACACAGGGCCCUCUGGAGACAGGCCCUAAAGGGGAACCCUGAGCCCCGGGAACUCCAGGCCCUGUGGGCAGAUGGGGUGGUCUCUGCUCCUGUCUCUCCCAGGACUGGGAGCUCGCUGCCUCCUGCUCAGGUGGCUGGUUUGGGAAUUUUCCAUCACUACCUUGCUCGCCUUCAGUCAUGAUGGGACCUCUGCCUUGCCCGCAGGAUGGAACCUGAGGACCAGAAAGGGAGAAAUGGGAGGGAGAGAAGUUGAGGGGGAGGUGUUGAGGUCCGCAGGCUUGUGGGAAGGAGGAGGUCUGUUUUUGGAUGAGGUGGGCUAAGUGCCUGUCGCUUGUGACAUCUCUGCUGACAUCACCUUCUCCCAGGUUCCCGGCCUGGAGGACGCGGUCUGUCCUCAGUCUGAGGCUCCAGGGGAGUGUGAUCAUGCAGACCUGAAGGGCCAAGGGGUGAGGGAGGCGGGAGCAUGGCGGGCGCAGAUACUCUGAGCGUCACCUUGGCUCCUCGGUGCUCAGCGCUGCCCUACUCACCGCCCUUCCCACCGAGUCCUCCUCCUGCCACCAGGUCUGCCUGCUGGAGGCAGGGCCAUUGCUGUACCCGACCUCCCAGCUGCCUGACCGGGCUUUGAAAAGGUCAUUGGCAUUAAUUACACUUUACUGACCUCUGCUCCUUCAUAGUUCCGGGUUCCUGGUAGCGCUCUGUCUUGGACUGUAUUGCAAUCUACAAACCCACAAGAAAGCCCCUCUUCACCACCAUCUCCCCGAUGUGGGCUUCUUGCUGGCAUUGCUCUGGCCGCAGCCUCAGUAGCCAUCCAGGGGUCAUGUUCCUCACAAACUAACAAAACCCAAAGGAUGUGCUCAGACUAGAGCUCCUAUAAUUAUAUUCACUGGACAAGUUCUCAUGGGUCCCUGCCAACUGCCAGACACUGCUCAGGAUUGGGGAUACAGAGAAUCCCUCUAGUAAGCCAGCAUUUAUGGAGUGCUUCUUGUGGGCCGCCUCCCUCCACAUGCUCUAGUGGCUUAAACAUCUCUCCUAGAUCAGUACUCCCCCCCAUUUUACAGAUGGAGAAGUUGCACAAAGAGAUUAGGUAACUUCCCAAAGUCACCCAGCUAGUCAAUGGUAGAUCCUGAAGUUUUAGUAACCACAAUGCUUCUAGGUCUCUGGUCCUGUAAGAAUUCAUUGCAGUGUGUGUGUGUGUGUGUUCCCACACAUGUACACAGUAGAUAAAUGUAUGGGAAAAAAAUGGCAAUACAAAGCAAUCAUGGCUACAGCUGGAGGAAUGGUAAAGGUGCAGGGAGGGGAAGGGGCAUCACAGCUUUUUCUGAUAGGCGCUUCCAGGAGCCCAGAGGGGAUGUAGGGGUGUGGCUUACUCAGCUGGGAGUCAAGAGGAGAUUCCCAAUGAACCAGCGGCCUCAAAUAAGAGAGCUUGGUCCACAGCUACUGGUCUGCAGCUGUUCUCAUGGUGGCAGUUGUGGCAUUCCUCUGUGGGAAAGAAAUUGUUACAUGAUUAAACACAUCUUUCUUAGCAAAACAGAAAGUGGGCAUAUGUGUGACAAACAUGAGAAAAAAAAAAAGAGAGCUUGGGUUUCUCCUGCUCCCCUUCCCCAGGGAGAGGGCACAACUAUCUAUCCACAAGGAGGAAAGAAAAUGAGAUUCCUACCUAUGGCUUACACAAAGAUCAAUUCUAAACCCAAUGUCAUUUGCCAAACAAUAAAAUGUUUAGACAAAAAUGUAAGAGUUUUUAUGACUUCAGGGUGCAGGAAGACUUCUUCAGCAAGGCCUCACAAGCACACACUGUAAAGGGGGGAUGUAAGAUAUUUGACUCCAUUCAUAUGAAAAACUUGAGUACAAAAGAAGACACCAGGAAUAAAGGGAAGGAUGAGGCCCAGACAGGGAGAUGGCAUUGGCAAUGCAUAUAACUGGUAAAGGUUUAGUAGCCAGAAUUUAUAAAUAAUUAAAAGGCCAAGCCAUUUUUAAUUGGCAAGUUAUAGGUAAGAAAUUCACAAACAAGAAAAUUUAAAAACCAAUGGCACAUAAGUAUUGUUCAACUUCACUAGUGUUCAAAGAAAUGCAAAUCUCAACCAAAUACAUUCAUACCUAGCAUACUGGUAAGGGGCUUCAGAUACAUCUGCAAUCUUUUAUUUAAACUAGAGGCCCAGUGCACGGAUUCGUGCACAGGUGAGGUCCCUCGGCCUGGCC